UCACAUAAAAACCAUUUAGUUGCUCUGACCGCCAUGAAAGCUUCAUCUCUAUGGCUCUAAUUUCCAGUUGUUUCUCAAAACUCAACCCUUCAAGCCUCAACAGUUCAACCCCAUAUUUUACCAUGUCAUUUAAACGAUUAGUUUAUCAUGAAAUCUUUGGUUACCGGCUUGUUAGCCGGGCCAAAUCGUCUCUAAUCUCUAUUGUCUUGUUUUCCCUUCUCCUGUUCUUCAUGUUUACGUACACUAUGGUUUCUAACGUGCCUCUGCAAUCGGCUGCUUUCACGGAAAAAGAAGACUCUGAUUUGAUGCAGACGAGGAAAAUGAAUCCGGGUGUUCUUCCUAUAUCGUUGACUAUUUCUACACAGAGGAAUAUGAUUGUUGAAGUUGAUAGUGAUGAUCGAUUUCACGGAAGAAUCCGGAGAAAACUCCCGGAAUCCGAUAUUUUCCGGACAGAUGAGUUGACGGAGAAGUUCCACGGUCGAGUCUUGGAGUUCUUUAACAACAAGUGCGAGCUUCAAUUCUUCAUGACAUGGAUUUCAACUGCAGAGUCUUUUGGUAGACGGGAAAUAUUAGCUGUGGAUAGUGUUUUUAAAGCACAUCCCAAUGGCUGCUUGAUGAUUCUAUCAAGAACAAUGGACUCUCCCCAGGGUUACACUGUCCUUAAACCGCUAAUCGAUCUCGGCUUCAAGGUUCAAGCAGUGACACCGGACUUCCAGUUUUUGCUCGAGAACACGCCGGCCGAAACUUGGUUCGAUAAUAUCCGGAGUGGAAAAAAGGACCCCGGCGUGAUCCCAUUGGCUCAAAAUCUAUCUAAUUUAAUGAGACUUGCGGUAUUGUACAAGUACGGUGGCAUUUACUUGGAUACGGAUUUCAUAGUGGUGAAUAGUUUCAAAGGGUUGAAGAACACGAUCGGAGCACAAAGUGUUGACUCGACGACAAAGAACUGGACUAGAUUGAACAACGCAGUGCUCGUUUUCGAUAUCGAACACCCCCUCCUAUUCAAGUUCAUUGAGGAAUUUGCUUUAACCUUUGAUGGUAACAAAUGGGGACAUAAUGGACCCUAUAUGGUUUCCAGGGUAGUUCAUAGAGUUGAAGGAAGACCUGGUUACAAUUUCACCAUCUUGCCACCUAUGGCCUUUUAUCCUGUCGAUUGGAUUAAAAUAGUGAAACUGUUUAAGAUGCCGAAAAACCAGGCCGAGUCGAAAUCGGAUGAGGCUAAGCUGCAUCAGCUAAAUGGGAAGAGUUAUGGAGUUCAUCUAUGGAACAAGCAAAGUAGCAAGUUAAUGGUUGAAGAGGGAAGCGUUAUGGAAAGAAUAAUAUCAGAGCAUUGUGUUUUGUGUGAACAGGUAUACGAUUCUUGAAAUGCAUCAAUGUAAAGCUUAUUCAAACACAUAUACUGUAAUUGCAAUUUACCUGUAAAUGGUUGCUUUUUGUUUGCAUAAAUGGGUGGGGUACAAUUAGAACAAUCUACCACAAAUCA